AUGAACGGCGAAACGGAAAAGAAGAGGGAUAUUAAAAACCAUCUGCUCUUCGAAGUUGCAACCGAGGUUGCCAAUCGAGUGGGUGGCAUCUACUCAGUGCUCAAGUCUAAAGCGCCCGUGACAACAGCAGAAUAUGGCGACCGGUAUACGCUCAUCGGUCCUCUCAACAAGAACUCGGCCGCAGUUGAAGUUGAAACCCUGGAUCCGCCACCGGGCCCUCUUCGAGAUACCAUUUCAUCUAUGCAGGAACGCGGGAUCGAGCUCAUGUACGGCCGUUGGCUUAUCGAAGGCGCUCCGAGGGUACUCCUCAUCAAUACUGGGACUGGUUACCGGUGGUUGGAUGAAUGGAAAGGUGACCUAUGGUCCGCCGCUGGUAUCCCUUCUCCUGCCGGAGAUCAUGAGACAAAUGAAGCCAUUGUGUUUGGAUAUUUGGUGGCAUGGUUUUUGGGUGAAUUUAUCGCUCGCGAGACUGACCGCGCAGUCAUUGCCCACUUCCACGAAUGGCUCGCCGGGGUCGCCCUACCAUUGACCAAGAAACGUCAGAUGGACCUGACCACCAUCUUCACCACACACGCCACCCUCCUCGGUCGAUACCUCUGCGCCGGCUCAGUCGACUUUUACAAUAACCUACAAUUCUUUGAUGUGGACGCAGAGGCAGGAAAACGUGGAAUUUACCAUCGAUACUGCAUUGAACGAGCAUCAGCUCACUCUGCCGACGUCUUCACGACUGUCUCCCACAUCACCGCCUUUGAGAGCGAGCAUCUGUUGAAGCGGAAACCUGACGGGUCCUCCCCAAUGAAAGAAAAGAUCCACGAGUUCGUACGGGGACACUUCUAUGGCUGUCUGGACUUUGACCUGGAGAACACGCUUUACUACUUCACUGCGGGUCGAUACGAAUAUCGGAAUAAGGGUGUGGAUAUGUUCAUUGAAUCGCUGGCGAGACUGAACUAUCGCAUGCAGAGCGCAGGCAGCAAGACAACAAUUGUGGCAUUUUUGAUCAUGCCAGCGCAGACAACAUCCCUCUCGGUCGAGUCGCUCAAAGGUCAAGCUGUGACAAAGUCUUUAGCCGACACUGUUUCCAACAUUCAGCAUGGAAUUGGUCGAAGGUUGUUCGAAAGGGCUGUCCACUGGAAGGAGGGAGAUCCAAUGCCUGACGACAAGGAGCUCAUCACUCCAGCUGAUCGGGUUUUGCUUAGACGGCGACUCUUUGCCAUGAAACGCCACGGUCUUCCGCCCAUUGUCACCCACAACAUGGUUAAUGAUUCUGAGGAUCCAGUCCUGAAUCAACUGCGCCGCGUCCAACUCUUCAAUAACACACACGACCGUGUCAAAGUUGUCUUCCAUCCAGAGUUCUUGAACUCUGCGAACCCAGUUUUGUCCCUGGACUAUGACGACUUUGUUCGAGGUACUCACCUCGGCGUCUUUGCUUCCUAUUAUGAACCCUGGGGUUAUACACCUGCGGAAUGUACAGUCAUGGGAGUGCCGUCAAUUACCACUAACCUCUCUGGCUUCGGUUGUUAUAUGGAGGAGCUUAUCGAGAACUCCUCGGACUACGGGAUCUACAUUGUAGAUCGUCGUACUAAGGGUGUGGACGAAUCAGUCAACCAACUGACCGACUACAUGUUCGAAUUCGCCAAUAAAUCCCGGAGGCAACGGAUUAAUCAGCGAAAUCGCACCGAGCGCCUCAGCGAUCUUCUGGACUGGAAACGAAUGGGCAUGGAAUAUGUCAAGGCUCGACAGCUUGCCUUACGCCGCGCAUAUCCUGCUUCCUUCACGGACGCCGACGAGUUCGAUGAUAUCAUCGGCGGCACUGAACAGAAGAUCUCUCGACCACUCUCUGUGCCAGGAUCGCCUCGGGAUCGAACUGGUAUGAUGACACCAGGUGAUUUCGCUUCAUUGCAAGAGGGCAAAGAGGGUCUAAGCACGGAAGAUUACAUCGCAUGGAGGUUGCCUGAAGAAGAGGAGCCUGAUGACUACCCGUUCCCAUUGACGCUGAAGAUGAAGAAGAGCUCUGGGCCCAACUCUCCGGCACCCCUCGUGGGGCCUGUAAACGGCCAGUAA